CGCUGUCAGUCAGGCGCGCUCUGAGGCGGGCGGUUCGGCCGGUGCUUGUGAGGUGACGCUGAGGGCUGGCGGGGUCUCCGGUGUGGCCUGCGGGGAGGGGCUGCGGUCCCGAACGGCCGGGCUGACGGGACGGAGCUCAGCCUCUUCUGAGCAGGUCAGCGCUGGGCCUGCGGCCGCCGCGCUCGGACUGUCCCCUGUGAGCGGGCCCACGGGUAAGACUCACCCUGGGCCGGGCUGCGGGAUGUGGUUCGGAGGUGUUCUUGGCCCUUCUCUUUAAAUGGUGCGUUAUUCUCUAUGGCUCCCAUUUCCCCUAAAGUCAGAGCAUAGCAUAGAGCUGGCAAACCUGGAAAUAAUCCCUCCCAGGAGCUACCUUCCGAUGUCCUGUCUGGAGACACAGGUGUUUCUCAGAUCGACUGGCAAAGUUGUGAGUGGCAUUUGCAAGCUAUCAGCCUGUGUUUAGGGUGUAACUGCUACUGAAGUAAAGAUUUAAAGGAGGUCUGAUGACAACAAAACCAAACUUUCCUGUGACAGCAGGAUCUAUAGCUGUCCCUUAUGGGCAUGUGAUUGGAAAUGAGAAGUGGAGAGGGUCGGAGUUAGCCCAAAAGCUACAAGGGAAAGUUAGACUUAUCUUUGAAGAUGGCUUGGGACUUGUGGAUUUUCAUCUUUCAAACAGGACUUGCAUUUUAUAUAUUUCUGAAGCAGAUUUGGUUGCAGGGGAUGAAUUCAAACGAAGAUUGGUUAAGUUUAGAAAUACCAGCAGUCUUGGGGGAGUGGUAAUUGUAGAGAAAACCCAAAUAAGUGAUCAGUACUUCUUAGCAGUACAAAAGCUUGUUGUGCUAGAACUUGGAAUGGUGUUGCUUCCUGUGGCAAAUCAAGGAGAAGCUUCUCAACUUAUUACUCAGCUAGUCCGUGAGCAUAGUAAGGAUCCCAACAGCAACCCCUUUCUUCGGAAACCAUGUUCUCAACUGGCAGAGGCAUCAGUGUUUCAGACGGUGCAACAAAUUCCAGGAGUUGGGAAAACAAAAGCUCUGCUUCUACUGCAACAGUUUGGAAGCAUCCACCGGCUUUGUAACGCAUCUGUCAAAGAGCUUGAGCUAGUGGUUGGACAAACGGUAGCACAACAAAUUCACACUUUUUUAUGUUCCUGACAUGCAUGUGUAGUCAUGUUUCGGAAGGCAAGGGCUUUUUGUUUGUUUCUUGUGAAUUAUAAAAUAAAUAAAUAAAAUAA